AUGGACACGAUAAGCUGCAUCUUGAUAUCUUCAAUAUUUAACAGUGUCUGGGAGCUUAGAAAGUUUUUCCGACAAAAAGCAUACUCGUUAGCGCCAGGUGUGUUUCUCGUGCGUUUCCAGGCGCAGUAUGCAUUAUACACGGUCAACAGAUCAGAGUCGCCUGCGAAAAUUUUCCCAAGAAAGACGUCCAGCGGCAGCUUAGCAAGCUGCAUACCCAACGGAGUCAAGUUCUCUGAAUUUGUCAAAGCUUUGACCUCCUUGAGAGAGUCUAUAGCGCGGCGGAUGUUCUUGGAAGAAGGCGCGUCCAGGGCUUCAAGAAGAGUGGGCUCCACUUCUCCCAGCUUGCAGAUCUUCACCCGUAGCACCAAAUCUUGCAAAGAGAGACGAAGCAUCUCUGGCGUUUGUUGUUCAGCGAGCUAUACAACGUUAGUGGAGUAUCUUCUGCCUGAACUCAACAUAGCGUACCAAUUUUUCAUGUCUGUGCUUCGUGAACAUGUGAAAACAGAUUCCGUUCUGAACACGCCCAGCUCUUCCCCGUCUUUGUUUCGCAUUAGCCCGCGAGAUAAAGGCUUCAACUAA